AUGACUCUUAGAGUACCCAUUGGUUCAGACAGAUUCAUCACCUUCGUCUCUGCAUAUGCUCCUACUUUAGACAGUGAUGAAGACACAAAGAAUCAGUUCUACCACCAACUGAACAGUACUCUCUCUAAAAUACCCAUUCAAGAUAAAUUAAUUUUACUUGGUGAUUUCAAUGCCAGAGUGGGAAGGGACAACCGUUUUUGGAGAGAUGUCAUGGGUAAACAAGGGGUGGGAAACUGCGAUGCAAAUGGGUUACUACUUCUUGGUCUAUGUGCUGAGCACGAGCUUUUCAUCUCCAAUACCCAAUUCCGUUUGCGUAACCGCUAUAAGACCGCAUGGAUGCACCCACGCUCCAAACAUUGGCAUCUUAUAGACUACGUUAUUACGCGACAGCGUGACAAGAAACACAUUCUCAUCACGAAAGCAGCACCAAACAUCGAUGAGUGCUGGACGGACCAUAGACUUUUAGUCAGCCGUUUGAGAGUACCAAAGUAUCGCAAGCCACGAUCCCACUUUUCAAACCCACCACGCAGAAAAUUCAACAUAAGCAACCUGAACAACAAAAACGUUCGCUCACACUUCCAAGACAUACUGUCUGAACAACUUAACAAAGCUCCAGCAACCACAGAUGACGUCGAACAAGAAUGGACCACAUUAAAGAACAUCAUCAAAGAAACUGCUGAGAAUGUUGUUGGUUGUAGUGCACGGAAAAGAAGUGACUGGUUUGAUGACAACCACGGAGAAAUCCAAGCCAUCAUCAAUGCAAAGCGGGAUGCUUACCUAUCCCUUGCUCAAGAUCCAUCCUGCGCAGAAAAGAAAGCACACUUUCAAGAACUCAAGCAGAAAUGUCAAAGUGAAAUACGAGUAAUCAAGAACAAAUGGUGGCAACAGAAAGCCACAGAACUCCAAAAUCUUUCUGAUGCAAGGAACCUGCGUGGCUUUUACGCUGGUAUUAAAGAGCUGUAUGGACCUACCCGCUCCUCAUCAGGAGCACUGAAAGCUGCUGACAACUCCACCAUUCUUACUGAAAGUCAGGACAUCUUAAAUCGUUGGAAAGAGCACUUCAGCUCACUGUUAAACAGCCCUUCUACUGCCGCUGGAGAUUUUCUCAAAAAUGUCCCACAGCACCCUCCAAAACCCUGGCUGGCUGAUCCUCCAACUUUUCAAGAAUUUUGCAAGGCACUCAAGAGUGUGAAACCUGGGAAGGCUCCUGGACCUGACAGCAUCCCGAUGGAGCUUAUUGAGGAUAUUACGGCCAUCUUGGCAAUGAAAAUGAGAUUUAAGCCACAGUACGGUAUGCAGUCCAAUGAACAUUAA